GUGGCAGGACACUGGGAAUUGCAUCGCGAUCCAAAAGCUUUCUGCGGUUUUGGAAGUCUCCAGUUAUUGGAAGGAUGUUCCCCAUCGCAGCACACUUCAAGGGCACAAGCUCUGCGCUUCUAAGCAGGUUGUCGCAAUGUGCAAGGAUGUCGGCGAAACGUUCCAAAUCUACGAAGGUGCCGUUAAUGGAACUCCUAGCGGAAUUGAAAGGCAGAACCAUGGAAGUCAGUUCCAUGAAGCCUCCCCGCUUCCGGGCCAGACAGUACGCCCACAACAACAGGCUUCAAAGAAAGGACAGCAAUUUCGUGCUCGACUUUUGCCAGCCGACCUUCCUGCAGGGCUGCCACGGGAAGAUGCAGUUCCUCGACGUCGGCUGCGGUACCGGCGACUUCACGCGGGAUUGCCUGCUGCCCCGGUGUUUGCCCUGUCGACGCAUCGUGGCCACAGAUUGGUCUCGAGACAUGAUCGAGUACGCGAAGCAGCACUCGGCCCAUGUGAAGAUCGACUACCAGCAGCUCGACAUCUCCGCCGACAUCACAGACUUUCUACGUCGCAACGGCCAGUUCCACAGGAUCUACUCCUUCUACUGUCUGCAUUGGGUCAAGAACCAGGACGUCGCGCUGAAGAACAUCGCAAGCCUCUUGACGCCCGGAGGAGAGUGCCUGCUGCUGUUUCCAGCGUCCAAUCCGGCCACCGCGGGCUGGCAAUUGCUGGCCAAGAUGGACCACUGGGAAAAGUAUUUGGAGAGACUGCUGGCGUACAUCGCUCCCUCUCAGGACAUGGACAAACAAGAGCAGAUCGAUUACAUGUGCUCUCUGCUGAAGGACGCCGGACUUCUGCCUAGCAUCUUCGCAAUUCCGAGAAUGGCAACCUUCGACGGCUGGCGUGAGGAGGACAUAAUCGGACUUCACAUGAGCAUCGUCCCAAUCAACCAGUUAGUCUCCGACGACGAGAGGAAGCAGCUACGCGAUGACGUCACAGCGAUCGUCCGAAAGCUUCACGGCCCCGAGACGGAACCAUCCAGGUUCCGCAUGUACAUCAUCAAGGCCUCCAAGUCGAAGAGCUAGCAUGUCAAGCGCUAGAAACCAAAGUUCAUGACCCGGAAUGUCGCUUGGAUUGUGAGGACAUGAACACAGGCCACAAGGCUUCCUUUCUUUAU